AUGGUCUAUGGUAACAGAACCUCUUAUUAUCGAGGUUUGAAGACCCAUGAGGAUCAUUCACUCAAAUUCGGAUAUCAUAUGACCGUGCUGCGUAAACCCAUCCUGGGGGGAUACUGGAGUAAACCUGCCAUUCUCCUAUCCGCUCUCAUUGAAGAAAUGGAAAAGCCAGAAGAAGAUCAAGCAAAAUGGUUAUUUUGGUUUGAUGGAGACACUAUCCUUAUGAACCCCAACAUUCCCCUCGACAUCUUCCUCCCACCUCCCCAAUUUGACGAUACUCAUCUCCUCAUGACCAGCGACUGGAACGGCAUGAACAACGGAGUUUUCUUUAUCCGCGUCAAUCAGUGGGCCAUCGAAUUGCUUUCUGCUACACUUGCCUACCCAACAUCACAUUCCGAGGUUAGCCUAUUAUUUGCAGACCAGUCCGCCAUGGAUAACGUUAUCCUUGAGCACGAAUACUUUCGCCGUUCUAUCGUUUUCUACCCCUUGCGAUGGUUCAAUGCUUACCCGCGAAACGCCGAUGCUGUGGACCUCAACCCCGAUCGCCCCGUGGACUCCCAAGUACAUCAUGGCGAUCUUCUUGUUCACUUCCCCGGAGCACCACCAGAUCGGUUUGACGAGAUCAUGGACCCCUACCUCAAGGUAGCCGAAGCGCAUACCCCGGAAUGGGAAUUGCCUCUUCAGAAGACGGGAUACAUGAAAGAGAUAACGGACUUUUGGCGGGACAGACAUGAGUUGUUAUUUGGGGAUACACCUGAGUCGUCUGACAACCUUGCUUGA